GGGCGCCAUGUUCUGGAAGUUCGACCUGCACACGAGCUCGCACCUGGACACGCUGCUGGAGCGGGAGGACCUGAGCCUGCCCGAGCUGCUGGACGAGGAGGACGUGCUGCAGGAGUGCAAGGUCGUCAACCGCAAGCUGCUGGACUUCCUGCUGCAGCCGCCGCACCUGCAGGCCAUGGUGGCCUGGGUCACGCAGGAGCCCCCGGCCAGCGGCGAGGAGCGGCUGCGCUACAAGCAGGAGACCAUUGAGCAGCUGCUGAGCAACAUGCUGGAGGGCGAGCAGAGCCAGUCAGUCAUCGUGAGUGGGGUGCAGGUGCUGCUGACGCUGCUGGAGCCCAGGAGGCCCAGGUCUGAGUCUGUGACUGUGAACAACUUCUUCAGCAGCGUGGAUGGGCAGCUGGAGCUCAUGGCCCAGGCCCCCCUGGACAGCACGGCGUCCAGCCCGGGCACCCUGCACGCCCUGCGGCCUCGGCUCAGCUGCUUCCACCAGCUGCUGCUGAAGCCGCCCGAGGUGAACACCCGCCACCUGCACUCCUCCAGCGACGACGAGGACGAGCGGCUCAAGGAGUUCAGCUUCCCGGAGGAGGCCGUGCUGCAGCAGGCCUUCAUGGACUUCCAGAUGCAACGCAUGACCUCGGCCUUCAUCGACCACUUCGGUUUCAACGACGAGGAGUUUGGGGAGCAGGAGGAGAGUGUGAACGCCCCUUUCGACAAGACGGCCAACAUCACCUUCUCCCUCAACGCGGACGACGACAACGUAACCGCCUGGCCCGGUGGAGUGGCCAGCCUGCUGCGCGCGCCCCCGGGGUCGGCGCCCUCCGGACCCAGAGCCCGCCGCCGGCCCUUGCCCCACGUUCUCCCUGGCCCCGGCGGGUCCCGGGAGACAGGCCACCCCCGCACCGAGGGGGACCGGGCCUGUGUCUGA